CCUGGCUGGUACUCGAAGCGUCUGUCAAUUAUGCGAGAAGAGAAGUAACAUGUGAGCAUCCUGCGCCGAAACACGCAAACAAGAUGACGCAUGGGCCCCUGAACAUCAUUCCUAUAAGAACAGGCCUAAUAUUAUUAUGGAUCAGGCUUACAGCGUUUCUUUGUUGUGUUAUAUUUCCAGUCCAGUGGGAAAAACAGGGGGAAAUGUUAUGAUUCUGGCUUAAAUUGAAGGAAAAAAAUGCCGUCUACAUGACAUGUGGCAGCAAGAAGUCUGAAAACAAUCAAAUGCAAGUUUUGUUUUGCCCAUAUCUUUGUCUUGCUGGCUCUGCACACUGUUACGUUUCGCCAUGCUUGAGUUUCAUGAAGCCUCCUUAAACCACUUCCAUCAGAAAAGACAGAAAGAUGGAAGAUCACACACCGUAGGGGAAACAACACCCUUGGGAAAUACAGCAAAGGAGCGGACACGGAUGAAUCCAGCAGUCCAGAAGAGGAGGAGCAGGCUUUGGGUUACAGGCCGCCCCCUCUCUAUCACCCAGCCCCCCAGCACAGAUUCAACAGAGGAAACGGAAAAGACGAAACAUACAAGAAGGUUUUUCAUUUCAAAACCCCGGGGCUGUGGAAAGAACAGAGAGUUCAUUCUUUGUAUCCAAACUUGUCCACUUUUGGCUUCGUUGUUAGACCACAAAGCCGCUCUUCCAACCCGUUAUUUCCACUUUUUGUCCCCCCCAUCUUUUCCCCAGCUGUUUGCAGCUGGCAGAAAGCACCCGCCCUGUUCGGGAAAAAGGGACCGAGAGUGACCGGAGGAGGAGAGAGAUGCCACCCCAACCUCCCCAGCCGCAGGUGAGGAAGAAUAUCCUGAAGUUCCUCAAGAGUUUUUUGGGAAUAGUCCGGAUCCUGCAGAUUGUGUUCGGAGCCGGACUGUGGGUCACCAUCGCCGCCAACAAAUACGAAGGGCCCAUCCACUUCGUCCUCCUCGUCGCUGUCCUCUUCUGGCUCCUCACCCUCGCCCUUUUCUUCCUCACCCUUCUGGAUAAGCAGGACCUCGUCCCGCUGCUGGGAGGGGAGCGCUGGUUGUCCACCAACCUGGCGCACGACUUGGCCGCCGCCGUGCUCUAUCUGCCGGCCAUAGGUGUCAUGAUCUUCAAGACGGAUCGCAACUCCUAUUGCAACCUGGAGCUGUACAAGCACUUCUGCCCGUACAAGGUCUACCUGACGGCCUCCGUGUUCGCCUGCCUGUGCUGCCUAUCGUACAUCCUGUCGGUUAUUUAUGGAGUGUGCAGGAAGUGUCGGGGCGAGCAAACGGUCAUCUGAUGAGACUGAAGAGGGGUGAUGGCAACCAGGAGCGAGGGAGGACGAAUAUGGGGUCCAUGAGUUUAGGGGUGGGGUGGUGGGGGUAUCCACAGCAAGAUGAGGAAUAGUUAACUUCACUGUAAUUUAACUCAACAGCUUCUCUAAUCGCAGGUUAAUCUCUUUUUUUGUCUCCCCAUGCCAAACAUUCCAGGCUUGGUGAUGAGGCAGAAUCAUCCAAAAAUCCCCCUGUGGCUUUAAAGUCAGUGUUUUUAAAGGUUGCUGACAUGAAAACAUCCCAGCAGCCUCUGGUGCAGAGCCUUACAGCUGGAUGGGAGUCUGACUGGAAGUGUGUGUUAGGAGGUAUUGUAUUAAGUAUUGCAUUUCUUUAUCAAGGCACAAGUGGCAAAUGUUUGUCUCCUAGUUGUGGUUAAGGCCAUGUCUCCAUCUCUUAAGAUUAUUAUUUUUAUUUUCCAGUAAUUUAAUGUCAUUGUCCCUUAUAAAGAAUCAUUACAAUGUUCCUGUAGGGACUAAUUAUAGUGGGUAAGCAGUAAGUUUACCACACAAUGCCUUAACAUAUGUCUUUUUUUGUGUUGUUACUACGUAACUGUCCAUCUUAAAACCUCUCAUAGGAUUAGUACAGUUGUUUUCACAAGGGAUUAUUUUCAUUAUCUUUUUAAAGUAUAUAUUUUUAUGUGUUUACAUGUUUUUGUAUGACAGCAAAGUAUACUGAACAGUUACUGGAACGUGAUGGACUAAAAACACUUGCAGAUUUUUGUUUUUGACCAGCUCUGUUUUUGUUUUGUCUGACUCACACAUUGCAUACAGUUUUAUCAGUGGCUUCUGUCAGAAUGCUGUGUACUCAACAAGGUUGUGACAACAACAACCCAACAAUAUGGAUGCGAUUGGUUCUACAAUGUGUAUGCUGAACAAAAAAUAUUCCCUAAGUGUCCUUCAUGUAAAGCUAAAGAGCAAAAAGAGCAAGAAUAAAGACCAGUAAUUGAGA